UCAGGAAUUCGAAACUUGUCCCUCCUCUCCUCUGCUCUCGCAACCUCUUAAAAAACACCUCAAUUGGCCAUCGGAACUCCACUCUCAGUCGCAAUCAUGGGCUACACCGACGUUGAUAAACUGGCUGUUAACACCAUUCGACUUCUUUCUGCCGAUGCCGUAUUCCAUGCCAAUGCAGGCCAUCCUGGGGCCCCUAUGGGAAUGGCCCCAGUUGCCCACGUCCUGUUCAACAAGACAAUGAACUACAACCCAAAGAACCCAAAAUGGCUCAACAGAGACAGAUUCGUCUUAUCAAAUGGCCAUGCUUGCGCGCUUCAAUAUUCCCUCCUCCAUCUUGCUGGGUACAAACUCUCUAUCGAUGAUCUCAAAGCAUUCCGCUCAUUAGAUAGCAUUACGCCUGGCCAUCCCGAAGCUCACGAUACUGAGGGCAUUGAGGUGACUACUGGUCCUUUGGGUCAAGGUUUCUGCAACGGCGUUGGGCUUGCCAUCGCCCAGCACCACUCAUCUGCCAAAUUCAACAAGCCUGGCUUUGACUUGAUCAACAACUACACAUAUGUGUUCUUGGGGGACGGAUGCAUGAUGGAAGGUGUUGCCAGUGAGGCAGCCUCCCUGGCCGGACACUUGCAAUUGGGCAACCUUAUCGCGAUCUAUGAUGAUAACCACAUCUCCAUCGAUGGCGACACUAACUGUGCUUUCACCGAAGACGUUGUUCUGCGAUUUAAGGCUUAUGGCUGGCACACCGAAAUUGUUGAUGAUGGUGACCACGAUUUAGAGGGCAUUGAGGCUGCUAUCAAGAAGUGCCAAGCUGUGACUGACAAACCAUCCUUGAUCAAGCUCCGAACCACGAUUGGUUAUGGGUCUCAGUUGCAAGGCACUGGUGGCGUUCACGGAGCCCCUCUUAAAGAGGCGGAUAUGAAGCAGGUCAAGACCAAGUGGGGCUUUGAUCCCGAAAAGUUGUUCGUCGUUCCCCAGGAGGUGUACGACUUAUAUCACAAGCACGGAGCUGAAGGUGCUGCAAAGGAACAAGAGUGGGAGCAGCUCCUGGAGAAGUAUGGUCAAUCAUACAAGACCGAAGCUACAGAUCUCAAGCGCCGCUUGGCUGGGGAUCUUCCAGAGGGCUGGGAGAAGACCUUGCCAGUUUACUCUCCAUCGGAUUCUGCAGUGGCUUCCCGAAAGCUCUCUGAGAUUCUCCUCAAUAAGGUCCACGAAGCAAUUCCUGAAUUGGUCGGAGGCUCUGCAGAUUUGACUGGCUCGAACUUGACCAGAUGGAAGGAUGCCGUUGACUUCCAACCCCCUUCCCUCGGAAUUGGCGAUUGGAGUGGACGUUAUAUCCGUUAUGGUGUUCGCGAGCACGCUAUGGGUGCUAUCAUGAACGGUCUUGCAGCAUAUGGCACCAUCCUCCCAUACGCCGGUACUUUCCUCAACUUCGUCUCCUAUGCUGCUGGAGCAGUACGUCUCUCUUCCUUGUCCCAAGUUCGGGUUAUCUGGGUUGCCACGCACGACUCCAUUGGCUUGGGUGAGGAUGGACCGACUCACCAACCUAUCGAGACACUUGCACACUUCCGUGCUCUUCCCAACUGCAUGGUCUGGCGUCCAGCUGAUGGAAACGAGACUAGCGCCGCGUACUAUGUUGCCUUAACUUCGAAACACACUCCCAGCAUCAUCGCUCUCUCCCGCCAAAACCUUCCUCAGCUUGAGAAUUCUACCAUCGCUCACGCCAUCAAGGGUGGUUAUGCCGUUCACGAAGCCGAGAAAGCAGAUAUUACUCUUGUCUCUACCGGUUCGGAGGUCGGCAUCUGUGUUGACGCAGUCAAGUAUCUCAAGGAGCAUCAUAACCUGACUGCACGUGUCGUAUCUAUUCCUUGCUUCGAGGUUUUCGAUGCUCAGCCCAAGGAGUACAGACUCAGCAUUCUGCCAGAUGGUAUUCCGUCUCUUUCUGUCGAGGCCAUGUCAACCAUGGGCUGGGAGCGUUACACACACGAGCAAUUUGGUCUCAAUAGAUUCGGUGCCAGUGGUGCUUACAAGGACGUCUACAAGAAGUUUGAAUUCACACCAGAGGGUAUCAGCAAGCGUGCGGUCGCCACUGUUGACUUCUGGAAGAGCGUCCCCAAUAUCCGCUCUCCUAUCAAUCGCGCUUUCCAGCAGUUAAUUUAAGCUGCACUUGAUGGUCAAUUGGAUGAGUAUAUGAGAGUUUUGGGAGGAGAAGAAUAUGAGUAUAUAGCUUGCAAAUAGACCAGAGAAGUAAACAAUUUCCGGACACU